CCGGGCCCACGCUGAGGGACGGCUGCUCAGGAAGCUCUUCACAGGCUACAACAAGUGGUCCCGGCCGGUGGCCAACAUCUCUGACGUGGUUCUGGUCCGCUUUGGCCUGUCCAUCGCCCAACUCAUCGAUGUGGAUGAGAAGAACCAGAUGAUGACCACCAACGUGUGGGUGAAGCAGGAGUGGCAUGACUACAAGCUGCGCUGGGACCCUGCCGACUACGAGAAUGUGACUUCCGUCCGCAUCCCCUCGGAGCUCAUCUGGAGGCCAGACAUCGUGCUCUACAACAAUGCAGACGGGGACUUCGCAGUGACGCACCUGACCAAGGCCCAUCUCUUCCACGACGGGCGGAUCCAGUGGGCGCCCCCGGCCAUCUACAAGAGCUCAUGCAGCAUCGACGUGACUUUCUUCCCCUUCGACCAGCAGAACUGCACCAUGAAGUUUGGGUCCUGGACCUACGACAAGGCCAAGAUCGACCUGGUGAGUGUGCACCCGCGGGUGGACCGGCUGGACUACUGGGAGAGCGGCGAGUGGGUCCUGGUGGACGCCGUGGGCAGCUACCACACCAGGAAGUAUGAGUGCUGCGCUGAGGUCUACCCCGACAUCACGUAUGCCUUCAUCAUCCGCCGGCUGCCCCUCUUCUACACCAUCAACCUGCUCAUCCCCUGCCUGCUCAUCUCCUGCCUCACGGUGCUGGUCUUCUACCUGCCCUCCGACUGCGGCGAGAAGGUCACGCUCUGCAUCUCCGUGCUGCUCUCGCUGACCGUCUUCCUGCUGCUCAUCACCGAGAUCAUCCCGUCCACCUCGCUGGUCAUCCCGCUCAUCGGCGAGUACCUGCUCUUCACCAUGGUCUUCGUCACGCUCUCCAUCAUCAUCACCGUCUUCGUGCUCAACGUGCACCACCGGUCCCCGCGCACCCACGCCAUGCCCGCCUGGGUGCGCAGGGUCUUCCUGGACAUCGUGCCCCGCCUGCUGCUCAUGAAGCGGCCCUCCGUGGUCAAGGACAACUGCCGGCGGCUCAUUGAGUCCAUGCACAAGAUGGCCAGCGCCCCACACUUCUGGCCUGAGCCCGAGGGCCAGCCCGGCUUCCUGAGCCGGGACCCGUCGCUGGAUGCGUCCUUCUACGUCCCGUUGGGCGAGCCGCUCAAGCAGCCCUGGGAGCAGCCCCCCACACUCACGCAGCCCGAGGAGUCCGGGAAGCCCGGCGCCGGCCCUCCACCCGGCCCCGCGGAAGACGCUGGGCUGGUCAAGGCCAAGUCCCUGAGCGAGCAGCUCAUGCCCGGGGCCCGUGAGGCGGACGACAGCAGCAUACGGUGCCGAUCCCGAAGCAUCCAGUACAGCGUCGUCCGAGACGAGGCGUCCACCCAGGCCAAUGGCCAGGCGGCCAGCUCCCCAGGCCCCACGCACCCUGCUGAGCCCGCCGUCUCCCAGCAGCCCUCGCCUUGCAGGUGCAAAUGCAAGGAGCCGGCGGCAGCCUCUCCCUCCGCCACCCUCACAGCCAAAGUACCCCACCACCCCGCCCUGUCGCCGGCUCUGGCCCGGGCCGUGGAGGGGGUCCAGUACAUCGCUGACCACCUGAAGGCUGAGGACACCGACUUCUCGGUGAAGGAGGACUGGAAGUACGUGGCCAUGGUCAUCGACCGCAUCUUCCUCUGGGUGUUCGUGCUUGUCUGUCUGCUGGGCACCAUCGGCCUCUUCCUGCCCCCCUGGCUGGCCGGCAUGAUCUAGGAUGCUUGCUGGACACCACCUGCUGUCUGCUGACCCCCAGGCCCGGGGGCCAUCUGCCACAUCACUCAUCUCCACUCCACACCAGGCCAGCCUCGGGGCACAGGGCCCGUGAGGGCGGGCAGCCUGACCCCUGGAGCUCGGUGACAGUGACCUCCUACCUCUCAGGCCAGGCCCCGGUGGCCUGGAGCCCCUGCUGGUCCUGGCCACAUGGAUCCUGACCAGGUGUCCCUUGUGCCUGGGUUCCAGGGCCUGAGGCACCUGCAUCGUGGCUGGUAUCUCUCCAACACCUCCCAGCCAGCCCCCACCCUCUUCUGCAGCCCUUCCCCGCUUCUCCCGCAGCCCGGCCCCCACCCUCUCCUGCAGCCCGGCCCCACUCUCCUGCAGCCUAGCCUCCUCCUCCCGCAGCCCAGCCCUUCAGUGAGUUGGUCCUAUUGGUUUGUGGGGCUCCUCAGUCAAAAUUUAACUUUAUGCUGAGGAUCCUGCAGACAAGGUUGUGAACUGGCUGUCAUGCAGGGAGAGCCCCCACCCAAGCCCACCCAUGGGGAAGGACCCUCAUCCUAGGGCAGGGAGAUGCCACCCCUCCAGGACCCCAGGGUGCUGUGGACAGGGUCAGCAGUAGGCACCUGAGGGAGACUGGAGAACAGAGGCUGGACCCUGAGGCCCAGGCCCCCCGUCUGUCCCCAACAUCCACGUCCCCCACUCCAUCUUCACCUUCCAGAGAACCAGGCCUGAGACGCAGGAGGGACUGCCCGUCUCAGUGGAGGUGUGGCCAGAGGGCGGAGCCUGAGGGCCACCUGCCCAUGUGGACUUGGGGAGCCCUGAGGCACAGCCCCAUGGAUUUUAGAAUGCCCUCCCUAACCUCCAUCUCCAUGGCC